AAGCCAAUUUAACCUUCAAGUUUUUUUUUCUGAAACGAUCAUAAUACCACAGGAUCUGGCUCCGUCAGCCAAAUGAUAAGGCACGCUCACUAAAAGCUGCUGUCUCAGGCUUUAAUAGAACCUCAAGCUUUUAGUAAAACAACAUUGAUUUCAUUUUGUUUAGCUCAGAGUCCCUGCAGAGGAGACGUUAAAGUGCCUGAGCUCGGCCGUAACGCAACAUCACGGGGCUGCUGCAAUGGCGCGGAAAUACGAAGAGGAAAAAGAUGACAGGGGAGGCGUCUUCCUGAAAUAUCUGCUUUUUGUGUUCAAUUUCCUGUUUUGGAUGGGUGGCGCUGCUGUCAUUGCUGUAGGAGCCUGGACCUUGAUGGAAAAGAGCGGCUACAUAAAUUUCCUUGCCACCAGUACACUUGCCGUGUCUGCGUAUAUUCUCCUUUUUGCUGGAGGGAUGGUCAUGGUUACCGGAUUCCUUGGCUGUGGAGCAAUGAUUCGAGAGCACAAAGGCUGCCUCUCAGUGUAUUUAUCAAUAUUAAUUUCCGUCUAUGCGGCAGAGCUGGCUGCAGGGGUAUUGGCUUAUCUGUACCAUGAGACGAUAAGCGAAGAGCUGAAGCAGAAUCUCAAUAAGACCAUGGUGGAGACCUACGCUGAGCCGGCAAAGAAGCACAUUACUAACACCAUUGAUCAUCUCCAGCAGGAUUUCCAUUGCUGUGGAAGUGACAGUUUCGAUGACUGGCGACACAGCAAGUACAUCGGCUCAGCGCUCUCGGAGGAUAGACUAGUCCCCGACAGUUGCUGUAAAACAAAGACCCUGUAUUGUGGGAGACGAGACCAUCCGUCUAACAUAUACAGAGUGGAGGGAGGGUGUAUAACAAAGCUGGAAGAGUUUAUCCAAGAACAUCUCUUGCUUAUUGGAGCCGUGUCUAUAGGAAUUGCAUGUUUGCAGCUCGUUGGCGUGUUACUGACAGCCUGUUUCCUCUGCGUUCUCUAUAGGGAAGAGAAGGAGGAUUCCUAUGAUGUCAUGUGAUUGUGCUCAUUGUAUCGUCCUCUUACAUCACUUCCAUUGGAUAUUGAUUGGUCAGUGGGUAAUUAACUGGACUGAUACACUGACUGAAGAUAAGUGGGUUUAAGAGUAGAAAAGUGAAGGCAUCUGAGAAUGGUUCCUUGUGGCCCAUCCAUUAGUGCAUGUCUAGGGGAUCCCUUAGUCCUAUAUAAAUCCAAUCCUGUAGAUGUUUCCCUUUGUCCGUCAUAACCUACAUACCGGCUGCUCCCAUGUAACUAGUUAUUAUCCUGUGUGUAACAUGGUAUGAGCAGCUCUCUACAUUCAUGGUGGUGUUCAAAGGGCACUAAACCCGUUUACACUUCACUACUCAACCACAUUAUAUAUUGCUGGACUACAAAUCCAAGAAUACUUUAAAAUAGUGUCAAUGUUAAGGCAUGCUGGGAAAUGUAGUCCCCAGCUCUCUAGGGGCCAUGGCUACAUUAAAAUGCUAAAUUAUCCUCCAAUAAGCAAAUCUGUGUUCUUUGUUCCUGCAUUUAGAGUUUAAAAUCGUUAUUGAAACCAGUAACACGAAAAUGUUAAUAUGGUUAAUGUUUUUUGGUGUCCCAGUCCAAUACUGCCUCUCCCCUUGCUCUGUCCCAAUAAAAACAAAUUACUUGUCCAA